AGGGGAGGGAGAUUCUUCUGGUCAGGGAUUGGAGGGGAAAAUGCCACGUGCUCGUCUACUAUUUCGAACCCAUAUCAUCACAGUGUUUUACCAACUUCAUUCGUGUUUACUACGUUUUCAGGGCCAAAUACGAGAGUACGGAGUCGCUAUUUAAAGGUCAUUUGAAAGCAGAGAGUGAGUGUGUACCAUGGCAGCUUUGAAGGGAUUCGAUAUCGACGCCCCACGCUGGGAUCAAAGCACGUUCAUGGGGCGUCUCAAACACUUUUUCAACAUCACUGACUCUCGUACUGCACUGCUUCCCGACUCUGAACUAGAUAAAGCUAAAGUUUUAGUGGAAAGCUGCAGAGCUGGGUCUAUCCCUCCAGGCACAACUGAAGAACAGCUUCACUAUGCAAAGAAACUGUAUGACUCUGCAUUUCACCCCGACACCGGUGACAGGAUGAACCUUAUAGGAAGAAUGUCAUUUCAGGUGCCGGGAGGCAUGGCCAUUACAGGGUUCAUGCUGCAGUUUUACAGGACUGUACCUGCCGUAGUGUUCUGGCAGUGGGUUAAUCAGUCUUUCAACGCUCUGGUCAACUACACCAAUCGCAAUGCCGCAUCACCCAUCACACCAAAGCAGAUUGGAGUUGCUUAUGUAACAGCCACCAGUACAGCACUGGCCACUGCAGUGGGGUUAAACCUCUACACAAAGAGAGCUCCUCCGUUGGUGGCUCGCUGGGUCCCAUUCGCUGCUGUGGCCGCUGCUAACUGUGUGAACAUCCCAAUGAUGAGACAACAGGAGAUUUUUAGUGGCAUCGCUGUGACGGACGAAGAUGGAAAUAAACUGGGUUACUCAAGGAAAGCAGCUGCGAAGGGCAUCACACAGGUGGUCAUCUCUCGCGUUACCAUGGCAGCACCAGGCAUGAUCAUACUGCCCAUUGUUAUGCAAAGGCUGGAAAAAUAUCGAUUUAUGCAGAAAAUCACAUUUCUUCAUGGGCCACUGCAGGUCAUGAUGGUUGGUGUAUUUCUGGUUUUCAUGGUGCCUGCGGCGUGUUCACUCUUUCCUCAGAGAUGUUCUAUGGCUGUGUCCAAGCUGGAACCCGAACUCAGGGAAUCCAUCGUCUCUGAGUACGGAGACCGUAUCAGUUAUGUUUACUUCAACAAAGGCCUGUGAGCGCCGGCCAAUCAGAAUGUCCCAUCCAGACUCAAUGCACGGGUCGCUGGCCAAUCAGAUGUUCUUUUUGACAUGCUUUGCAAAAAAUCUUGUUGAAAAGAAGCUUGUCGAGGAUGUGACUGUUUUGUGUAAACGCACAAACAUUAUUAUUAUUAUUGUUUUUUGUUACAUAACCCAGAAAAAUGCUGUAAAGUAUAAUUUCUGGAGUUGGUCCCAACUGCUGCAAUUUGGAUAAGUUUUAGGUUUUUUAGAGAACUUAUGGAUGUUACAAAUAUUUGUUCCAAGAGCCGUUUCUUGGAUAUGAUCCACCUUGACAAAUCGGGAACAGAUUUUAAUACCCAAAAACUAUGUUUGCCUGAUGCCAACGGGGAAGUCGGACUACAUUUUAUUGCAUGCAUUUCUCAGGAAGAGUUUAUUUGAAAUCAUUUAAUGACUUUUGUCAAGUUUGUGUAAGACAUUUUGGAAUAUAUACAGUUAGUACAGACUGUAAACGGUUUAAUAUAUCAUUUACAUUAUGAAUGGUGCGGAAUACACAACUAAAUGGCUGUUUUUAAGAUCAUUUUGUGGCUCCAUGUGCCUUAAAGACCAAAAUCCUCUUCAGGUUGGUUGUUGGAUCAAUACUCUGCACUCACUGUGAACUCUGAUCUGAGUUAUGUAGUUGUUUUCAUCAUUACGACAUGAUGAAAUAAACAGACAGCUGUCAAAAUAAA